UUUUCCGACCUAUGACUAUCACGUCUGGCAACCAGCCGGUGGUAGACCUAUGGACGUGUAAACCAGCAGUUUUGGUAGAAGUGCAAACAGAACGUGCUCAUGCCUGGCAACCAGCCGGUGACCGUUCUGCUUGUAAAG